AUGUGUCAUUUCGUACCAGUCGACAAGCUGGACGUCGAUACGAUGGUCGACGCGUUCAUCAACAGGGUGUUUUCACUCCAUGGCACUCCUGAGUUUAUCACUUCCGAUCGGGGAUCACAGUUCGUUUCACACUUUUGGCACCGAUUGGCAGAGCGUUUGGGCUCCAGGCUGAAACCCUCGUCUGCGUAUCAUCCUUCCACGAACGGGCAGACAGAGAUCUUGAACGCCAUCAGCAUUGAGCCUCCCUCACCGCGGCCCCUGAACUUGACAAGAGACGAGGCACGGGAGUGGGACAAGGCUGACAAGCACGCUGAGCUCAUAAAGGACUUGCUCGAAGAACUCCGUCACAAUAUGGCUAAGGCACAGGAAGACUACGCACACUAUUCGAACGUCAAGCGCAGCGACGCCCAUGUGUACAAGGUAGAUGACAUGGUAUGGCUGAGCUCCGAGAAUAUUGUCACCCAGAGACCGUCUAGGAAGUUGAGCAACAAGUGGCUAGGUCCAUUCGCGGUAUCACGAACGUACAAGCGAGCAUGCGCUCUCGAGCUUGAUGGGCAAUUUAACGGCAUCUUCCCGGUGUUCCAUCAUUCACUGUUGCGACCCAUUGAGAAGCCCAAGACCCUGGGACAAGUGGAGAUCAACAAGGACUCCCAGGAUGACCAGAAGGGCCUCAUCAUCGUCCCAAAUGACAGGGGACGUCUCCAGAAGAAAUAG